UGAAUGAGGAACGGGACGACAUCCUGACUGCAGACACACACACUGCAAUGUGGUGUGGGGUUGAACACGAUGAGAUCGAAAAUGAGUUGGACGUCUACAAUUCCCCGCUCACAAGCGUGGCUAACAGUUGCAGUGGCUGCGAUGCUCUUAUCAACCCAGCAUUCCGUAAGUGCCUCAGCAACCGGAGGACUUGCAAGUGACCACCGCACAAAGAGCGUCAAAGUCAAGACAAGGAGGCUCGGAGGGCGACAUGGCGCACACUGCGGUCAAGGGUGGCAGGAUACCUACUCACACCUGCACGCUGCCAUCCUAGAGUCUGAAGCCUCCAGACAGCGUCUGGCGGUCGUAAACCUGCACAGGAAUGGGCUAGGCGACCGGCUGACAGCUGCCGUUACUGUCUUCUAUUAUGCCUUGCUCUCAGGUAGGGCCUUUCAAAUCAACUGGCGCGGUGCCAGCACAGAAGCCACGCUGGCGGCUGUGAUGGAGAAGGCGAAUGUGGAUUGGGAGGCCGCACGGGGUGAUGUGGCGGGCGGGGGCGGAACACAAUACGUGGAUUGGUGGUUGAUUGAUGGGCAUCAUCCGCCUGACGCGAUGGAUUUCAAGGUCUUCGGUGGCGCGAAUCUGUCAGACAUGUGGCCAGACGCGCGCACGGUCGUCUUUGACAUUAACACCGGCGCUGUCGAUAAACUUUUCUACAACCCUUACCACCGGCAACAGCUGUUCACCUGGGGCCUGCGGCCAGAGACGGCUGUGGGCUGCGCACUGAAUUACUUGUUUCGGCCGCGCCGAGAGACAUUGGAAGUGGUGCGGGAAAGUUACGAGGCGCUGCGGAACCCAGAUGCUCUCAAGAUAGGCAUUCAGGUCCGGAUGGGCGAUGCAUGGCUGCAGCAUAAGCCAAAUGGCGUUUGUGACAGAAAAAUCGACUAUGAUGACUUGGGAAGGUGGUUUCGAUGCGCAUCCAAGGUGGAGCAGGAAUACAAGGUGGAGGGAAUGCCAGUGCAUUGGUAUGUUGUUUCUGACUGCCCUGCAUUACGCUACAAAGCCGUCGAGAAGUACGGGCUCAAGGUGCUCUUGCCAAGUCGCGAACUGGUCACGGAGCACGUCACCUUUAGCACAGGAAAUAGCACAAAAGAUGUGCUUGCCAUGCGUACCGCAUUUGCGGAGCAGUGGCUUCUAGGCAUGACUGAUUUUCAGGUGAUAACGGAGGAGUCGAGUUUUGGGCGGCUAGCUGCGCUGCGGUCGCUGCGGUUUCGCUCGGUAUAUACCAUGCGCUCGCCAGCGGCAAUGGCGGAGCGCGGCCGGAACGUUUCAUGGGAGUGCACCCGAAGCAAUUUUGACAAUUUUGAGGAGGUUGCCAUCAACCACCCCUGGGUGAAAGUAUUGUAAUGCAUCGUCGAAAUAUAAAUGCAUUUUUUGCAAUUUUCUGUACUUCCAAAUAAUCGAUCUAGCCCAGAAGAGUAUUCCUUUUUGUUUGGUGGACAUGCUUAGGGAAAAGCGUCUUCAUGAAUGACGCUUUGUUAUUAAAGUGUGAAGGUACUAC